AUGUGUGACUUUAGGGCUAAUGAGAAGGUGUUUUCUUCUCCAGGUUACAACGCAGCUCCUCGCACGGCUGGAAGGACAGCAGGCAGACCUGAAGCUGCCCCGGCUGUGAGCUUUGCUGCUCCGCGACCCGAUGCAAGGCCAGACGAUGUAAAGGAAGAUGUUUGUAUUGUCGAUGGCAGUAUAGUCAAGGUUCACCAGUUCUACUUCGACGAAUGUAACAUGUGUACGUGUGCAGAAGGCGGAGAGAGUCUGUGUACAAGGAUGGCCUGCCCGCCACGACAUUGUUAUAGCCCACAGAACGGCCGACCUUACAAACCAGGGAGCAAAAUCAAGACGGAGAAGUGCACAGAAUGUACCUGCUCAGGUAGUGAUUACAAGUGGCGCUGCCGCCAGCUGACCACUCCGGAGUGUCAGGAGCCUGAAAUUGCUCGUGCUUUUGCAGGAGAUGUGGCGGCUGCACCCCCACGGCCGCGCCCCGGUCCUUACCCAGAAAUCGCCAUCUGCCCUCCUGGGCCUGUCGCCCCCCCCCGUGAGUUGCAGAUCUGCGUCAACCCGAUGACAGGGUCGGAGGUUAAGGUUGGGGAGACGCUGUACGACGGCUGCAAUGAAUGCCUGUGUCUGCCCAACAACGGCCUGGCCUGCACCAGAAAGUUCUGCCCCAAAGACAAAUGUUACCACCCAACAACAGGUGAAGAAUACGAUGUCGGACAAUCCUUGGAAGUAGACUGCAACACUUGCGUCUGUGGAGGGCUGGGAUCCUGGGGCUGCACCCUGAUGUUCUGUCCUUCUGAUGAUCCAAGCAGAGAAGAAUGCCGGUUUGGUGCCACGCUGGACGAAGAGCUGAACCAGUGUGUCUGCCCACGUGCCUGCCCAUUCCUGUACUCACCAGUGUGUGGGGAGGACGGGAACACCUACGACAACAGGUGUCUUCUGGAGAUCGCCAUGUGUGAGAAGCAGACCGAAAUCCGCGUAGAGUUUGAAGGAAGAUGUGAAAAGAGGGAAGAUGGGGAUGAGGGUGAUAUUCUUGGACCUGGAGGUUAUCCACGACCUGGCGAUAGGCGACCAACCACCGACGACAGAAGGCCAACCACCGACGAUAGAAGACCAACCACCGAUGAUAGAAGACCAACCACCGAUGAUAGAAGACCAACCACCGACGAUAGAAGACCGAGACCCCCAGCGAUAACCAGACCCGGCGAAACCCCAGAGACUGGGGAGGAACCAAGGCUGUUCUUCCCACCAUCCGAAGGAGAAUCUUGCAGUUUUGGAGCGACCUACGACGCCGAGUCAGGCCAGUGCUACUGUGACAUCCAGUGCACGUACGAGAGCGAGCCCGUGUGCGGCACGGACGGGAGACAGUAUCCCAACCGCUGCCUGCUGAAGCUGGUCGCCUGCCAGAACCAGGAGGACAUCGAAGUCCAGGGACCUCCGCCCUGCGGGGAGGAUGAUGACUAUGUCGAACCAGAAGUAGUUGGAGACGAGUGCCCAACAUCGUGUGCCCAGCAGCCUAUUGACAACAUCUGCGGCUCAGACGGCCGGGAGUACGGCAACCUGUGCAGCCUGAGGGCCGCGGCCUGUAAGGAGGGGAAGAACAUCGAGUAUACCGGACCUGGGCCCUGCAGAGGUGCGUCCAGAACGACCCCCGGAGACCGGGCAUGUCCCUACAUCAGGUGUUUCUUCCUGUACGACCCAGUGUGUGGCUCAGAUGGGAAGGAGUAUUUCAACAGAUGUGUGAUGAGGAAAUCCGCCUGCGUGCAGCAGAGAGACAUCAUGGUGUCGGAAGGGAUGACUCCACCUUGCAACGGGGGUCCGUACCGGUUGACCUUCUCCAGUGAGCUUUCCGUCGACAACUACGCGGAGAUUUCCGGGGACUUCGGCGGCCGGAGAAAGGCCUUCACCGUGGCCUUCCACCUUCGCACGGACACCCCUUAUAGCGGUACCAUCUUCUCUUACGCCACGGAGGAGGAAGACAACGAAAUCCAGUUCUACGGAGAGGCAGGAAACCGCGGCUUCAAGUUCCUGGUCAACAACGACCAGACCGACUUCAUUGAUUUAGAGCUGAUCGACGGAAACUGGCAUGUUGUGAUGGUCACGUGGAGGAGCAGGAGAGGAGACUGGAAGAUCUACGUGGAUGGAGAGAUCAGGGCUUCUGGAACAGGGAUGGCUGCUAGGCACACCAUAAGAGAGGGUGGUGUAUGGAUCCUUGGACAGGAGCAGGAUUCUGUCGGGUACGACUUUGAGGUGUUCCAAGCGUACGGCGGUGACCUCGCCUCCUUCAACGUCUGGAACUACGUCUUGAGCAGCGAGGAGAGGAACAGGGCGUCGUCCUGCUCCUUCCAAGGAAACGUCGUGGACUGGCACAGCUCGACCUUGAAGCUUCGCGGCGAUGUCAAGCGGUCAUCUUAUGACUGUGGUGUUGGCAGGUGCAGGUACGGCGCCGUGUUCGUGGAGGCGACCGGUGAGUGCCAGUGUCCUCAGGCUUGCCCCUACAACUACAACCCUGUGUGCGGCUCCGACGGACGCCAGUACCCGAACGAGUGCGCCAUGAGAGUGGCCGGGUGCAACAGCCAGCAGGAUGUCUACAGCACCGGCCGGCCGCCGUGCGACGGAGGGACAGGCAAUGUGGGGAGACCAGAUGGAAGGCCGAGUUCUUAUUAUCCAGACGGCACCUCGGAUGUAAGGCCAGGUUCGUACUACCCAGACCAGAGGCCAGUAUAUCCGGGUCAGACCGGAGAUAGACAGCCGGGUCCAGUCAUCACACCGCAGCUGUACCGACCAGGACAGGGUACCGGGCAGAGGUUCGGCCAGGAGUCCUACCCACCGGUUCCUCCCCCUCCACGUAACAUCGAGGGCGAUGUCCCCGCGCCGAUCGCUCCCAUCUCCCCGUGGGAAGCGGAGUGCCUGUACGGCGCGACCCGGGACCUGACUACGCGGCAGUGCAAGUGUAAUGAGGCCUGUACGUUCGAGUUCAACCCCGUUUGCGGAUCGGACGGAAAGCAGUACAGCAACCCGUGCGCCCUCAAGGUGGAACAGUGCAAACAGCAGACGUCAAUCGACAACGUUGGGCCUCCUCCAUGCGGCGAUGUGACGUACAGUGGAUAUCUGUACCUCCUGGAAAUCACAGUCAGACCCACCAGUGAGACGCCUGUGGUCGAGUUCGGCCGGAAAAUACAGAAAUCCUUCCAGUUCUCCCUACAGGAUCCACGGGACACCAUCUUAUACAUGCUGAAGGUUGUUGGAGAACCCAAGUACCUUCUAUACUUGAACGUGACCUUGCCGACUGACCUUGACCACCUGAUCCAUGACCUCUGGGUGAGUGACCCCGAGUACGUCAUGAACAUGACGAUCACGACCACGCCCCUGGUAUAUUACCCAGCAUUCCUGCGGUCCACCUUGGAGAUCACCGAAGAGGGAGUUCUGAACCAGUUCGGAGGUCAGGAGGAGAGAGAGUUGUAUUACAUGGACAUCCACGCCAAGGACACAGGUGUUAAGUUUGAGAAGGUUACUAACCAGCUGAAGAAGACAGCUGAAGUCAUGGCAGAGACUCGGCAGAACCCCGAGCAGGCCAGUCUGAUGCAGCCCUUCAAGGUUCUGGGUGCCCCAAGGGUUGUGUCCGUGAUGUCGGCACCAGUACAUGAAGCAGCCGACAGGAUGCUGCACGAGCUCCCACACAUGCAGGAGUACGGUGACGCGAUCGAGGUGGACGUCAGGAGUGUCAUAACGUUUGAUCAGUACGACAGGCAAAUCAACUACCCCGAUGCUGCCCCGGCCCUCCCCGCAUUCCCCGGUGACGAACCCCUGUGCCAGUUCGGCGCGCGACGCGGCCCGACCGGCGGGGACUGCCGCUGCCAGGCCGGCUGCUCGCGCGAGUACGCACCGGUGUGCGGCUCGGACGGGCACGAGUACUCCAACGGCUGCCUGCUGAGGAUGGAGGCCUGCAGGAAGGGCGUCGUCAUCGACACCGUCGGCAAACCGCCAUGCGGACAAGCCUAA